AUGCCGUGUCUGAAGGGAGAGGCUGACUUCGCAGUUACGGUUGCUGAGGUUCUGAAGAAGUGGGAUUCACCCUUCAGCGUUGAACAGGCGAUUGAAACACAUACGAAGAUUGUUGCGAUGAACCUCGAGUCUUUAGAAGUAGUUCGUGCCCUGAGAAGGUCAGGGGUAGGCGCUUAUCUGGCGACUAAUCAGCAUGAGUAUCGGGCGCAGUACAUGUCCGAGGUUUUCGGCUAUGCAGAUAUUUUCGACGGCGAGUUUUACUCGUGCAGAGUGGGAUCUAUGAAACCGAACCCUGACUACUUUCACUCUGUACUGAAGUCGUUGCCUAUACCACCUGAACGACUACUGUUCAUCGACGACAGGGAGCGGAAUGUCGCGGCCGCACAGAGCGUUGGCAUUCACGGCGUUGAGUAUGAUAUGGGAGAGGGUGUGGAGACAUUGCGCGGUAUUUUGAGGGGCUACGGUCUUGAAAUAUGCUUGUAG